GUCUAGGGACCGCCCUAACUGAUCAUAGAGUAUAGAGUCAGUAGAGAAUUGGAAUUCUGUCUGAAUCUGAUUAAAUUUUUUAGUAGGUAAAUUACCAUACAAUUUUAUUGAUUACUUGUAUUUAGUAAUGGAAGACGCCAAAGCAACUCAAUCUAGUGAUUACUAUAGAGAAAAUGAGGAAAAACAACAAAAGAAGAAAAGUAAAAAUAAGAAAAAACGCAGCGGUGGGGAUGGCGACCACGGCGUUUCAGCCUUGCCCGAUGGACUAGUUUCUGUGCCUAAUUCUAAUGAUGUUCAUCAAAAUAUAUCAUUGAAAGAUUUGAAAAUGGCAAUGGAAGUGUUAAACCUCCAACAAAAACCUGCCAAAACUACUGAGGAAGCUUUGCACAAGUCUUAUCAAUUUUGGUCAACUCAGCCUGUUCCAAAAAUGGAUGAAAAAAUCAUGUCAAAUGAACCUAUAGAGCCCCCAAAAUCACCAGAGGAUAUAAGGUCUGAACCUUACACCUUACCAGAUGGAUUUCAGUGGGAUACUUUGAAUUUGAAUGAACCCUUAGUAUUAAAGGAGUUGUACACUCUGCUGAAUGAAAACUAUGUUGAGGAUGACGAUUGUAUGUUUAGGUUUGACUAUCAGACGGAGUUUCUUAAGUGGGCUCUGCAACCACCUGGCUGGAGAAUGGAAUGGCACUGUGGGGUUCGCGUAGUAAAGUCUGGGAGAUUGGUUGGAUUUAUAUCUGCAAUCCCAGCCCAAUUGAGAAUAUAUGAUCAUGCACAAACUGUUGUCGAAAUCAACUUUUUAUGUGUGCACAAAAAAUUACGUGCUAAGAGAGUGGCCCCUGUUUUAAUUAGAGAAAUAACUCGUCGAGUAAAUUUGGUUGGAAUAUUCCAAGGUGUUUACACUGCAGGCAUAGUUUUGCCCAAACCAAUAGCUACAUGCCGUUAUUGGCACAGGUCUCUCAAUCCUAAGAAGCUGAUUGAUAUUAAAUUUAGCCACUUGUCUAGAAAUAUGACAAUGCAGAGAACACUUAAAUUAUUUAAACUUCCUGACCUACCCAAAACUGUUGGGUUUCGUAAAAUGGAAAUCCAGGAUGGUGAAAAGGUAGUCAAAUUGUUAAAUGACUAUCUGGGAAAAUUUGAUUUAGCUCCAAUAUUUUCAGAAGAAGAUUUUAAGCAUUGGUUCAUGCCACAGUCUGGAAUAAUUGAUAGUUUUGUUGUUGAAGCUUCAGAUGGAAGUAUAACUGAUUUUGUCAGUUACUAUACGCUGCCCUCUACAGUUGUGUACCACCCUGUACACAAAACUUUAAAAGCUGCGUAUUCAUUUUACAAUGUAUCUACUAAGACACCUUGGACAGACUUAAUGCUUGACUGCUUGAUUACUGCCAAAAAUUCUGGUUUUGAUGUUUUCAAUGCAUUGGAUCUGAUGGAAAACAAAGAAUUUCUGGAGGCUUUGAAGUUUGGAAUCGGAGAUGGGAAUUUGCAAUACUAUUUGUACAAUUGGAGAUGUCCAAGCAUGGCACCAAAUAAAAUUGGAUUGGUCCUUCAGUAACAUAACCUAUGAAUUACAUCCAGUGAUACCAGUAACGGGUUUAUUUUGGUUUUUGUCACUUUGUAUAAAGUGUUUAUUGGUUGAAAAUAUAAACUUAGUUCAUAA